AUGGCGGAGCCGGACGGCAGCGCUGGCGGGUCUCACUUGGGAGGCAAAUCGUCUUCUGAAGGAGAAGAGGACCAGAAUGUUGAAGGCGGCAAGCUACAGGUAUCGUCGAUGGAGAAGAGCAACGACCAGAGGAAUGAAGAAGCUGAGGGUGCUACAGAGCAUUCCGAAAGGGAAAUUGAAAAUGAUGGGGAAGUCACAGCCCAGGGGAACUAUGGAGGAAGCCAAGGGGAAAUGGAAAUGGAAGAGGAAGUUGAAUUAGAAGAGGAAUUGGAAUCUGAUUUGGAAGCCAUGUCCCCUGAAGGGGAAGUCAGUUCUCUAGAUCUGGCUUCCUCAGACAUCAGUCUUGGGGAGGGACCGAAAGAUGAAGUUGACCGCGCACACCCAUAUGAAGAAGCAAGGGGGGAAAUGGGUCUUGAGGACAGAGAGGCCCCCCACCCAUCCAAAUCCACAGGAAUGGGGUUCGUCACCACAAAGAGCUCCCAGCAAGUAUUAGGCCUGUCUGAGCAAAUGAACCAGGGAGCGCCCCAGCAGAAGGUCUUUCCUCUGGAGGCUGGGCAUCACCUCAGACAGAGCCCGGGGAGCAGCGACACAUCCCUGGGUCUUGACGAGCUGCCUCCGGGCACAGAGGUGCCCUUCACCCCGGAGUCAGAGCCCGACACCCACCCCAGGGAGGGAGCCGCGUCCUCCUUCCUGGACAGGAUCCAGCAGCUAAGCAUGGUGGAGGAAGGGGGCCUGGUGGAGACAGUGGAAUCUGAGAGCAGCGAUGAGGCGGAAGAAGACAGAUCCCAGCUGGUGGUCUUGGACCCAGACCAUCCCCUGAUGAUAAGAUUCCAGGCUGCCCUGAAGAGCUACCUUAACCGGCAGAUAGAGAAAAUGAGGCUGGAACUUCAAGAACUGAGCGUGGCCACCAAGCAAAGCCGAGUCCAGCGGCAGGAGUUAGGGGUGAAUCUUUACGGGGUCCAGCAGCACCUGGCCCGCCUGCAGAUGCAGCUUGAGAAAAGUCACGACCGCCACUCCAUCGCUGCGUGCACGAGGCAGCAGAAGGAGGAGGAGCUGCAGAGGGUGCGCUUGCUCUACGCCAAGACCUGUGAGACUGCCAACGAGGAGCGCAAAAAGCUGGCAGCUCUGCAAACCGAGAUGGAGACCCUGGCUCUGCAUCUCUUCUACAUGCAGAACAUAGACCAGGACGUGCGUGAUGACAUCCAAGUGAUGAAGCAAGUCGUGAAGAAGUCAGAAGCCCAGCGCAUGCGGGCUGAGCUGGAGAAGCAGCAGCAGGACCUGCACGUGGACCGGCUGACCACCCGAGCCAACCAGCUGGAAGAACAAACCUCCCUGUUCGAGGCCCAGUACCACGCACAGGCUAAAGACACUCAGAUGCUCAGGAAAGCAGUGAGUGAGGCCUGCACGGAAAUAGAGGCCAUCCACAUGGAGAAGAAGCACAUCCUGCAGCAGUGGGCCACCAGCCUGGUGGGCAUGAAACAUCGCGACGAGGCUCACAGGACCAUCCAGGAGGCGCUCAGUGAAUGCCAGCAUCAAGUCAAGUCCAUGGAUGGUGAGCUUGAAGCCUACAAGAAAUCCAUCAUGAAGGAGGAAGAAAAGAAUGAGAAGCUGGCCAGCAUCCUGAACCGGGCAGAGACAGAAGCCAACCUGAUGCAGAAACUGACUUCACAGUGCCUGACUAAGGAGGAGGCCCUGCAGAAUGAGUUUAACACCUACAGGCUCACCCUGCUGGACACAGAGGAUGCACUGGGCAAGGCCCAUGUGGAAUACAUGACAACUAUGGGAGAAUUGCAGACUCUCCACCAGGCCAUCCAGCACGAGCUGGAGCUGAGGAGGAAGAUGGAUGCCUCCAUCACGGAGAAGCUGCAGGAGCACAUGACCUCCAACAAGAUGACCAAAUACUUCCACCAGCUCAUCCUGAAGCUCCAGAAGGAAAAGACCAACCUGGUGACACAUCUUUCCAAAAUUGACGGUGACAUUGCUCAGGCCACCCUGGACGUCACGAACACCAACUGCAGGCUGGACAUGCAUCAGAAGACGCUGGCUGAGCUGGACAAGGAAGUGAAAAAAGUCAGCGACCUCAUCACCAACAGUGAAAAUGAAAUUUCCAGGCGCACGAUCCUGAUUGAAAGAAAGCAAGGCCUCAUCAACUUCUUCAACAAGCAGCUGGAGCAGAUGGUUUCUGAACUUGGGGGGGAAGAAGUGGGGCCCCUGGAGCUGGAGAUCAAGAGGCUGACCAAGCUGAUCGAGGAAAACAACACCAGCGUGACACAGGCCCAGGUGACCUGGCUGCGGCUGCAGCAAGAGAUGGUGAAGGUCACGCAGGAGCGCGAGGAGCACCUGAUCUCCCUGAACAUGUCCAAGAAGGAGAUCCACAUCCUGGAGCAGAAGAAAAUACGGAUAGAAAACAAGAUCAACCAGGAGAAGAAGGAGCAGAAGCAGAUCGAGCGCCACAAGAAGGACCUGGACAACGAUCUGAAGAAGCUCAACUUGCUGAUGAACCAGAACCGGUGCAGCUCCGAGGAGCUACAGCAGGACAACCUGGCCACGGAGGGCGAGUUCGUGCGCUCGCUCAAGGCCUCAGAGCGGGAGACCAUCGAGAUGCAGGAGAAGCUGAAUCAGCUGAGCGAGGAGAAGGCAGCCGUGCUCAACAGCCUGGUGGAGGCGGAACACCAGAUCAUGCUUUGGGAGAAAAAAAUCCAACUGGCAAAAGAGAUGCGGGCCUCUGUGGAUUCUGAGACAGGCCAGAUGGAGAUCCGGGCCAUGAAGGCAGAGAUACACAGGAUGAAGGUCAAGCACGGGCAGCUCCUGAAGCAGCAGGAGAAGAUGAUUCGGGACAUGGAGCUGGCCAUCACCCGAAGAGAUACCAUCUCCACCCGGGCUGAGGGGCAGAGCAAGAUGGACAAGAAGCUGUUCACCCGGACAGACUUCCAUCACAAGCAGACCGAGCUCCAACGGAAGAUCAGGGACAUUCACAAGGCCACCGAGGAAUGCACCCAAACCAUCCUGGAACUGGAAGAAUCUCAAAAAUCCAUGAGUGACUCCCUCCUGGAGAAACAGGAGCAGUUGUCGAAGAUGCAGGUUGAGGCCGACGAGCUCGAAGUUGAGCUGGACCAGCUGGCGACCCUCAAACGACAGAAUCUUUCUGAGCUCGUGGCCCUGCAGACGCGCCUCAAGUACCUGCAGGCCGUGAAGGACGGGCGGUACGUCUUCACGCACCACAAUAAGCAGUCAUUGCUGAUGGAGCUCAAGCGUCUGCACGACAGGCUGGUCAGCAUCAGCACCAUCCUCGAUCACGUGAAGGAAGAGUACCCCCAGUUCCAAGAGGCCCUGCUCAAGGUCAGCCAGUCCAUCGCCAAAAGGCUGGAGUCAUCCGGGUCCUAG